AUGAACGGUGAACGAAAGCUCCGCGCGGCAUGUGACCGCUGCCACGAACUCAAGAACCGAUGCACUCGCGCCGGUGGGCCUGAGAGUCGGUGCGACCGGUGUGAGAGGCUUGAUAUAGACUGCGUGUAUAACACCAGUGCGCGCAUGGGCCGUCCACGAGUGUCGCGGCCGGGUUCUGAGAACCAGAAAGGAGCAUCCUCCGCCAGACACUCUAAACGACGGGCCGUCCAGGCCGGGAGCCAGCGCGGUGCUAAUGCAGUGCCGCUUCCUGUUGAUCAUGUCGAUCUAGCUUCUGCAGCACACGAUAGAUCUGGCGGUGCCGGUCCUGGAAGUGGCCCUAGUAGUGGUUCUGAACCAGAUAGUCCCCGCAAUCUCGAACCAGUGUUAGGGAUUCUAGAUCCUGCUCUCCUCCCCGCAGUGGUACCUGGCGACAAUGUGAUCUGGGACCUAGGGCUGUAUUCCCCGGACUUUGCGCACCCGGCUCACGAUGAUCCAACGGGCGGACAGGGACACGGACGUGGACAUGGGCACGCCCACCGGGAAUAUCAUCAAGUGGAGAGCCUGCAACAGAAAUACAAGGAAGUUCCUGAUUUCUCUGAUUCCGACCUGGAGAUGUCAGAAAAGGGGACAGUCCCUAUUGUUAAGACUACCGUCGCAGAUGAGCUCCUACGGCUGCAGUUCCACCUGAGCAAUCUGUUAACAGGCGCGAGCGAAUCGCCCACAGGGCACCAGCCGGCCAUUGACGAGGUCAUGAUGGUCUGCAAAGAGCUGCUAGAGCUACUCCCCAUCCCAGCCCGUCGCUCCUCUUCAGACUACGGUACUGCAAGUAAGAAUAUGACUGGGACAGGACCGCCAUUCACCCCAGCCAGCGUCAAUGCCGGACAUCCUGAUCCCUGCGACGGAAUUGGCCAGCCAACUCAACGAGGAGGAGGGCCGUUCGACCCACUAAGGAUAAACUACAUCACCGUCUUACAAGUCGCGACAUCGUACGCAUACGCCCUGCAGCUGCUGGACCUUGCUGUGGAUAAUCUCAAGACCCGCGCUGGGAAUCUGGCCCUCGUUAGCCUGGGUACCUUCAAUCUUGCAUCCCAGCCGGCCAUGAGUACCUCGGUGGGUGCUUAUAUGAUUUCUAGCAUGGUUCAUCAGCUGCGUGAUGCUAUUAGUCUCUUGACGCCUGAAUAUCAGCAUCAGCAGGGGCGACCACCACCGCAUGCAUCAUCACCACCGAGUGGCUUGCAGGCAGCAGCUGCGGCUGCGAAUAACUCGAUACACGCUGCGGUGGAUAUGAUUUCUGAGAAAGAGACGUCUUUACUCGAGAAAUUGGCGCAGGUUAUGAUUAAUUCAUAG